UUCAGUUCGGGCUACAGAGUUGCGUGGAGCAACGAAGAAAAACAAGUAAUACAGGAAAAGUUACGUCCAAGUUUGUCAUGGCUGCGACGGUGUGGACAGGCCGAACUCGGCAGGCAGUGACAGCCCUGGGGACCGUGACAAGAGCCAGUCACUCCGCUGUCAAGUCCCACUACGACGCGGUGAUCAUCGGAGGAGGUCACAAUGGACUGGUAGCGGCAGCCUAUCUGCAGAAGGGUGGGCUGAAGACAGCAGUUCUGGAACGCAGACAUGUUCUGGGAGGGGCGGCAGUGUCGGAGGAAAUCAUCCCAGGUUUCCAUUUCUCCAGGUGUUCCUAUCUCCUCAGCCUGCUCAGACCACACAUCUUCAGAGAGCUGGAGCUCAAGAAACAUGGACUGAAGGUGUACAUGCGGGACCCCCAUGCCUUCACCCCCAUGUUAGAGGAGGGGGUAGGGGGUCUCCCCCCUCGGUCUCUACUGCUGGGCUCAGACCUGGCCAUGAACCAGAGGGAGAUCGGCAAGUUCUCUGAGACAGACGCCAAGGCGUACCCAGAGUUUAUAACCCACCUGGAUAAGUUAGCGGUGGCCAUCCACCCCCUCCUGGACUCGCCCCCAGUAGACAUCGCAGGGUUAACCGGGGGGCCCCUGAGGAAGAGGAUGGCAGCACUGAGGAGUGCCUUGCCCCUCGUCCAAUGUGGUCUGAAACUUGGCAAGAACAUUCCAGACUUCUAUGAGAUCAUAACUGCACCAAUAAUGAAGAUCCUGAACCGUUGGUUUGAGUCUGAGCCUCUUAAAGCCACACUGGCUACAGAUGCUGUGAUAGGAGCUAUGACCAGCCCUAACAGCCCGGGCAGUGGGUAUGUCCUCCUUCAUCAUGUGAUGGGGGAGCUGGAGAAGGAGAAGGGAGCGUGGGGUUAUGUGGAGGGGGGCAUGGGAGGGGUGUCCAAGGCCAUCGCUAGCUCCGCCCGCUCCCACGGAGCAGACAUCUUUACUGAACAGGAUGUGCAUCAGGUCCUGGUAGGGUCAGAUGGCAGUGCCAAGGGGGUGGUCCUGAAGGAUGGCACAGAGAUCCACAGCAGAGUGGUACUGUCCAACGCUACACCCUACGUCACAUUUAAAACACUCACCCCUCAGAGUGCUCUUUCUCCAGCAUUCAUCAAAGCUGUAGAUCAGAUAGACUACACCUCCCCUGUCACUAAGAUUAAUGUGGCAGUGGAUAAGCUUCCUGACUUCCUAGCGGCCCCCACACCAGACGGCAAGCCUGGACCACACCACCAGUGUUCCAUCCACCUUAACUGUGAGAGUGUGGAGGUGUUACAGACAGCCUACAAAGACUGCAAGGAGGGACGGCCCUCGUCCAGGCCCAUGAUCGAGAUGACCAUUCCAUCGGUGUUGGACCCAACACUGGCGCCCCCUGGAAGUCAUGUGGUGUCGCUGUUCACCCAGUUUACUCCAUAUCGUCUGGAGGGAGGGAGAGCGUGGACAGAACAGGACAGAGAGGCCUUCGCAGACUCAGCAUUUAGCUGGAUUGAGCAGUAUGCCCCUGGGUUCAAAUCCUCCAUCGUUGGCAAAGACGUCCUGACUCCCCCUGACCUGGAGAGGAUAUUUGGCCUAACUGGAGGGAAUAUCUUCCACGGAGCAAUGUCAUUGGAUCAGCUCUACCUCGCUCGACCUCUGCCCUCCCUUUCAGACUACCGUUCACCAAUCAAAGGGCUUUAUCUUUGUGGCAGCGGCUCCCAUCCAGGUGGUGGAGUGAUGGGGUCUCCAGGGUGGAAUGCUGCUCUGGCUGCCAUGGCUGACCUGAAAUGUGGCUGAAACCUUAACCCGCUCUGGUGGGAUGAUGGGCGGGAGAGAUAGAUGGAGGGAGGGAGGGAGAGAUGGAUGGA